UGCGCAUGCGUAAUUGAGUAUUCAAGUCUCAAAAAAGGCUUGAGCAAAAUAAUUCGCCAGUCCGCCUGACUGCAAGCGUAGGGAGCGUACUGUACCUUAAAGCUCAGCAAAUAUGGUUAAACAAAUUGUUGCGGCAUUAGUGAUACUGUUAGGUUUUGGCAUGGUACAUGGAGGGUUAGAGGACUUUUUAUCAAUGGCGACAAACAUUGCGGGUUCGCUAGGGACAAAAAAUUCAGGACAGAUUCCACGGGGAAACGGUUGUGUCAUAAACUGGUCGUUUCAAGGCAUGCUUGCCGGAAUAGAAUGGAAAUAUAUGGGUGUAUGUACAGACUCAUGCACACACGAAACUGAAACCGUUUUCAAACAAAGCAGAGGCGGGGCCGUGGAACACUGCCUACAAAACCUAAUGCGGAAAAUUGCGAGACAUGGAGAUUUAUAAAAAGAUGAUAGCAAAAUCCCCACACACAGAAAAACAACAACAACAAAGAGAGAGAACAGAAAUAUUAUCUUAAAUAUUCACCUUUGCAUAUGUUCUUCAAUUACCAUCUAUUUCCUACUCGGCAUGCAUUGAUUACAGUGUAAUUUGUUGCAGAAAAUAUUUUAAAAUGUGAACAGAUCGUUCUACUGCUUUUAUAUCACAUUCAUAUAAUAUUUUGUAUUAUGCAUAUCAGUAUAUAAAUGCUUUUAGUAUGUUUGUAUAUCCUUUACAUUACUUGAUUUUAAAGUUUGGCAAAUAUCAGCAGAUAUAGAUUUAAAAAUCAA